CACCAACGAGCCUCGCUUGUGUCGAACCUGGAAUCUAAACUCCAAAACCUUCACUAUCGUGGCAGCUUUACCGUUGUCUAUUUUACCUUUGGUGAAAAUAAGUAUAUUGAGUGGACCAUUUUUGCACAUAAUUUCGCAAAAUACUAAAUUUUAGAAUUAAGGUGUUUUCCGAAGAUGUUCCAACUAAAAAUCUUCAGGGCAAAGGGUGCUUCUUCCAGUUUUCCAUCUCCAGUCCUCCACCUUAUUUUUAUCAGUACCUCAAAAGAUUACCUUACCUAUAUUAUGGGAAACUAUUAAAACACAUAUACGUACGAAAAAGUCCAUCGCCAAACCCAAAUAACACUAUUAUUUAAAACAAAAUAAAAUUUCACCAAAAUAAUAAAAAAAAACAUAAAAGCUAGUUGGAAAUUGAAAUUUAAUUUAUUAUAAUAAAUAAAAUCCUUCCCUUUCUCUCUCCUCCUAUCUCUCGGAAAUUUUUCACUUUUUCUCCUUAUAUUCAUCGGAAUCAUUUCCACGCAAUUAGAGAAAGAAAAACGCUUUCUCUGUUUCCGCCUUUCCCUGUCCUCUCUCUCUCCCCCCCUUCUUUCAAUUUUCUUCAUUUACUGUUAUUAUCAUCUCUCAUUUCAUGCGUUUCGUCAAUCACCAACUCUUCUUGUAACCUCUUUCCUCUCCCCCAAUCCCCUCCAGAAAAAAAGAAUGGCUUCUGGAUUCCCCGGCGGCGGUUCAGAUUUAUUCUCCGGCAGAUCGAUGAAUCCCAACCCUCAGACAAACAAUCCAUACAGAACCCAGCUCUCCCAAAUCUUCCUCGACUCUUCUUCCCAGAUCGCCCAAUACCAGCAGCAGCAGCGGCUCCACCACUCGCCGGUGGCGAGCUACAUCGGGAAGCGAACCCUGUCCGAUUACCAGACUUCUCAGCACCAUCUCUACCAGCAGCAGCAAAACCAGGGUAGUAGCCUGAAUCCGUUUAACGCCCUCCUGGCUCGCUCCGUCAAGCCGAGGAUUUACCAGAACAGUAAUACCACCACAACUACUUCUCCGAUUUCAACUCUUUCCCCCAUAGAAUUCUCCGCCAAUAAUAACUUCUCGCCUGAAUUGCCGGCGGCCUCUCAACAUCAGCAGCAGCAACAACGCUAUGGGUUCCCGCUGCUUCAGCAGCUGAGGCCUCAGCCUAUAAAUAUUGGCCAUAACAAUAAUGGUACCCAAAUUCAAACUCUGCAGGGGAUUCCGUUUGCGAACUCGGUACAGUCGGCUCAGCCGAGUCAGAUGAGUCAGAGCAAUAGGGGAGUUGUUGCUGCUAGUGCUUCUGCUCCGACGGCGGCGGGUGGUGGUAGUCAGGAAUCGGAGAAGAAGAUGAUGAAUCGGCUUCAGGAAUUGGAGAAGCAGCUUCUGGAUGACGACAGCGAAGACGACGAAGGAUGCGGUGGGGAUGCUGUCUCCGGUAUCACCAAUACCAACAGCGAGUGGUCGGAGACGAUUCAGAAUCUCAUCUCUCCUUCCUCUUCCUCCAGCCCCACCACCACUAACAACCACAACAACAACAACAAUAAUCCGAUUUCUCCCUCGCCGAGCCCUUCCUCGUCGUCUUCCAAUUCUUCGACGACUACCUCCGCCGCUACGACUCCGGCGAUUUGCACGAGGCCGGUGCUGAUGGAGGCCGCCGCGGCGAUAUACGAAGGGAGGAGCGACUCGGCCGCGGAGAUCCUGUCCCGUGUCGGGUCGAGCGGAGGGAAGGGGAAUUCGAAGCAGAGGCUGAUGGAUUACUUGUUCUCGGCGCUGAAAUCGAGAGUGAAUCCGGCGGAUAAUCCUCCGCCUGUUGGGGAGUUGUAUGAGAAAGAGCAUAUGAAGAACGGUUUCCACGUCGUGGAUUUCGACAUCGGGCAGGGCGGUCAGUACAUGAACCUCCUCUACGCGAUGGCCGAGCGUCUGAACGGGAGCCCCGCGGUGGUGAAGAUCACGGCGGUGCCGGACGGCAGCGGUGGGGAAGAAGAAAGGGCGAGGCUGAAUUCAGUUGGGAACUCCCUCCGCCAGCUGGCGGAGGGGCUCGGGGUUACGCUACACUUCAACGUCGCGGCAGCGGCGAGCUGCAGACUCAGCGAUCUGAGCCGGGAAUCGCUGGGGUGCGAGCCUGACGAGCCGCUGGCGGUGAACUUCGCGUUCAAGCUGUUCCGGAUGCCGGACGAGAGCGUGUCGACGGAGAACCCGCGGGAUGAGCUGCUACGGCGCGUUCGGGCGAUGGAGCCGCGGGUCGUGACGGUGGUGGAGCAGGAGAUGAACAGGAACACGGCGCCGUUCCUAGCGCGCGUGAGCGAGGCGUUCGGGUACUACGGGGCGCUGUUGGACUCGAUCGGGGCGACGGUGCAGGGGGAGGCGGAGCGUGGGCGCGUGGAGGAAGGGUUGGGGAGGAAGUUGGCGAACGCGGUGGCCUGCGAGGGGAGAGACCGGGUGGAGCGGUGCGAGGUUUUCGGGAAGUGGCGGGCCCGCAUGGGGAUGGCUGGGUUCAGGCCGAAGCCGCUGAGUCAGGCCGUGACCGAGUUGAUGCGGGCGAGGCUGAAUUCGGCGAACCGGGCCAUCCCGGGGUUCACCGUCAAGGAAGACAACGGUGGGGCUUGUUUCGGUUGGAUGGGGAAAUCUCUCACCGUCGCUUCCGCUUGGCGUUAACUUCACUCACUCACUCACUCGCCUCCUUUUUAUUUUUUGGCUUUUAUUUUGUUAUCUCCUUAUUUUCCCGCCACCCCUCCCUUAUUGUUACUACUACUAAUUGUCAUACUAGCGGUAAUUUCCGAAAUUUCUUACCAAUGUGGAAAAUGCAAAGAGGGGAGAAGGGAAGCAAUAAAAGUGGUGUCUUUGCAUUGGAGGAAAUACUUUCUAGUUUUGUGCCCAAUGCAAAAUUUGUUACACUUUCCCAAUUCAAUAUUAGGUUCAAAUAUUAACUAAAUGGGAGCGCGUCGCAGCGAUGAGCAAUAGUAUUUUCUCUCAUUUUUUAUGUUGCUCAUAGAGUCCACACACUCGAACAAAAGGAUUGUGAAUUAGCUAAAUAAUUCUUUUUGGCGUGAAUGGGUGAUCAUAUUGCUUAUCAAAAUGUUCACAAAUUGCCGUGAAUAUCAACGAUAUUUUAUAUACAUCUAGAUCACCCCGAGUUUGAUAGGGUAAUAGCUUGCCAAUUCUAUUGAGAGAUAUUGGAUUUGUUUAGUUGCAUUUGUUUGUUCGUUUUGAUAAUUGAAGAGUUUGGGAUUUAGGGUUGGGGAAUUAUGUUUUUGUUUGGGAGUGGAUUGGAAGUACGUGUAUGUGUGAAGGAAACAAACCCCCUGUUUUUUUAGGGAGGAAAAGGGGGUGAAGGAAAGAUUUUGAAGGGAAAUUAAAUUCCCAAUGCAUUUUCCGUUGUUUGCGAAAGAAAGGGGGAAGGGAAAACAAAUGAAAAUCUACUGUACAAUCAAUCCCUCCAAAAGCAAGAGAAAAACAAUAUCAUCAUAUUUGUUCAGCCAUCUCUCUCCUCUCUCCUCUCUCAUUCUUUCCCCCCUUCUCCUUCUUCGUGCCUCCCCAAACAACAGAUGAAGGUUUUCUCAUCUCCAUCUUUGCUCAAUCUUUGAUUCAUCUCUAUCAUGUAGAUAAACAAAAAAAAUAAUGGGAUGAAAACUCUCCCCUUCUCUCCCUAAUCGAUCUGUUCUUCAUCCCCCUCUCGAAAAUCACCAUCAACCCCCCAACAAAAUCUCCGGCUAAGCUUCAAUUCUUCAUUCUUCUUUACUGACGAAUCAGUUCCAACAUUCACCACCUAUCUUUAGUUUGGUAAGAAUCUGUACCGAAUCCUUGUUUCCCCCCCAAAAACCCAUCAACUUUCCUUUUCCCCCAAAUAAGAGCAUCUAGGGUUCAUAUAUAAUUUCUUUCAUCUUUAUUUUGUAUGGGAUUUUGCUUUCGCUGUUGGGCCUUCUAAUUAAAAGUCUCUCCCGAUUAUUUUGUUUCCUUGGAGGUCCUGCUAUCAGAACGGCAACAUAGUUGCUGGAGGUAAUGUUGCUCUGCUACCUCUAUGGACUGCUUUAUAACAUUUUGAUUCAUGCUACUGCUUUUUAUUUAUGUGUGUAGUCUAAUUAACCGAGAUGUAUGAUGUUUUGCAUGGCGGCAUAGUUGAUCUACCUCUAGUUAUUCUUUCUUUGCAGUUGUCGACUAGAAAUUAGUGCUUAUAUGAACUCUGCUGCCCAUGGAUCAUUGUUCUUUAUUUGGACUAAAUAAAGCUUUCAAUUAGUUAGUUUCCCAUGGUAAAAAAAAUAUGAGGGCGAGAGUAGUUAGGACUUAGGUAGGUGGCUAGCUAGUAUGGUCUCCAUCCUUGGCACUUUAGCAUAAUUUCACAAACGUAUGGAAAAGGAACAGGGUAAGAAAGUGACAAAGAAAUGGGGGUAUGGUUUCUGGCCAAACUUAAAACAAAUGAGGAAAGCUAAGACAUGUCAAUUUUAUUUAGGUUUGGCCUCACUAGAACCUUCACUUCCACGAUUAUUCUUUCUUUUACUAUUGGAUGUUGUUCUUGAAUGAACCAUUGAUUUUAUUUUAAUUUGAAGAGGAGGGGUAUGGAACAAAAAUUGCAGGUGAAAGAACACUAUAAAAAAUAUAGAAAGUCCAAAUUGAUGGCUAAAUAGGUUUGUAAGAAGAUUUGGUAUAAUUCCCACACAACCUUUGAACCUUGUUAUUCGUUACAAAGCUUGAAUUUUUUUUUGGGUAAGCGCAUAGCUUGAAAUAUUGUAACUAUGUUUAUAGUUUUUCCUCUUAGACCAAACAAAUUAAUGAUAUCAACAUCAUCAGAAAGGGGUAAACAGCAUGAUUUAGUCACUAAAGUUCUUAAUUUGCUGGUGAAUGUAAUGAAUAAUAUGUGUUUCUUGACUCUAUUUGACAACAUCAGCAUAACAACUUAAUCAUAAUGUACAUCUUGGUUAGAUGGAUAGAGAAGCUCAAGAUUCGAAUGAGAUCGAAGAGCAUAUUGCUGAUGGUUUGGAAGAGAUUUUAGAUUUGCAUAGAGCAGAACAAGAUAGUUGGAGAAAUGUCUUGGAAAAUUGGCAAAGACAAAGAGGAUGUGUGUUAUCCAGCUUAUUUGCUACAUUGUUUUUGCAUUGCAUCUAUUAAAUAGUCAAGCCUCUAGUGGAUCUUUGAGUUAUCAAGUUAGAGAAGAUAAAAGGAGCGAGUUUUUGCAAGAAUUACAUAACCAAGAAGUUGCAUGUCGUCCCAUAUUGCGCAUGGGAGUAGAUGCCUUUGCUCUAUUCUGUGAAAAAUUACGAGGUACAAGAGUGUUGCAAGAUUAUAAGCGUGCCACUGUGGAAGAGCAAGUAGCGAGGUUUUUGUCUAUUCUUGCCCAAACUGGUGGCAAGUAUCGCACUUUGGCUUUCUAUUACCACCGAAGUAUUGGGACUAUUAGUUGGCAAGUUGACUUUUGAAGUAGUAUGAAGGUGUUUUGUUUUGUAUAACAUGAUGUAUGCGGAAGUAUUAGCAAGUCGCCUUAUUUUGGACGAAUUUAUUUGCGUCUAGUACUAGCAGGUAACUUUUCUUGGACGAAUUCGGGUAUGUAUAAUGUUAGCAGGUGACCUUAUUUGGAACGGAUUUAUGUUUGUCAGCAGAUGACUUAACUUUUGGACGGAUUUGUGUAUAUCCAAUAUUAGCAUGUCGUUUUAUUUUGGACAAAUUGAUGUAUGUCUAGCAUUAUCAUGACCUUAUUUUUGACAUAUUUGGGUAAUGUUAGGCCUCUUCUGCAUCUGUAGCCUAUAUACCAAAGAAUAAAAGCGAGAGAAUUGAAGCAAAAUAAUGCCAACUAGCUUCUGGUGAUGAUUUGGUGAAAUAGAGAGGGGGAUCAAGUGUGGUAUUUAUAGUGCAUUGCUACUAGCUCUUCAAUUUUGGGUCCUGGAAAGUUUGUUAGGAAAAUUUGUUCUUGAUCUUAUAAUUUGUGAUUAUAUAUGGGCUAUCCGUCUCGUACGGGUAAUGGGUACUCGUUAAAUCGUACGGGUUUGGAAUAUGGGUUAGAGUUUACUCCCCAAAUGGGAUUGGGUACCCGUUUCAAAUGGGACGGGUACCCAAUCCGUCCCGUUGCCCACCCGUCAUUUUUAGUUGCUAUGUUGAUGAAUCCAAAAAAUAGAGAACAAAAUUUUAACAAUAGG